ACCGCUUCCCCUUUGAUCUCCAUAGCAACGGCACGUAACGCUGAGGACGCGCAAAUAAAUGUCUCGCCGCUCCUCAGACCGACACCUCAAACUUCAUGAUGAAGCUCCAGAGACAGGUUUAGCCUCAGACACACAUCAGGAAUACCAGGAAUACUCUUUGGCCAUGGAUGAUGAGAAAACCGCUAAGAGGUUGGAGAAGCCAGACUGCAGUGCUCUGAUGGGCAAGCUUUCCAAAAGAUGUGUGGAGGUGCUGGUGGAUAUGAGUGAGGAGAUCUCUGAGAAGGAGCAGCAACCUAAGGAGAUUUUUGACCAGACAGGCUGGGAUGAAGCUAUCCGAAGUUGGAGAGAGUGUUCCCCCUUGUCUGGCCUCUUUGCCCCAUUACAAAGGAGCAAAAAGGUCAAACCAGAGAACCCGGCUCCUCAUUGUAUUCUUUGCACCGAUCUGAAGGACCCAAAGCUCCCAGAAAACGUUCCCAGUCAUGCUGCUUCGCACGCUACCUCUGAGAAAUCCGAGGAGCCCUCGACAAGCAACAGUUCCUCGUCUCCGGAAGACCUAAACAGAACCCCAAGUGCCACUACUAUUUCCUCAUCCACAGAAGAAGAAGAACCACCCGAUUUCAGUCUCGAGAAUGUGAGCUCGCCGAAAGAACGUGUGCUCGGAAACAAGCUGCUGUACGGAUCUGGGCAGGUUUCACCUGACAAAGUUCUCCCUUCCCGAAUGCAAUCGGAUUCUCUUCUCCAGAAAGGUAGAAAUGAUGGAAAAAUGGCGCUGCCCGGUCGGGUUAUGGUGCUGCCACCGGUGAAAAUGUCAGCGCAAUCCAACUCUACUCUGAGCAACUCGAAUCCUUUAAAGAGGACAGAAGACGGCUCAGCAAGACCGAUUAUUAUUAGGGAGAGAGUUAAUGGUAAUCAAGAACAAAUGGUGGUUAUUUCUCAUCCCAACUCAGCUGUAGGCACCAUUACUUCUAAGCAAGGACCAACACAUCAUCAGCAUCACCUAUUAACAACUUUAAACAUUUCCAGAGGGUAUCAGAUUCCCAUCAGGACCUUGGCAGAGACUCAGCCAGUUUCCACCUCUGUCCUGGAGCGAAAUUUCAGAGCAGAGGAACUGAUCAGGUGUGCUUUGAGGCACAAGUCUGGACACAGAUCACGGUCAGGAAUCAAGUAUGAAACUCUGAAAAGAGAAGAACCUGAGCUUCCCAAGCUGCUGGGCACCAGGGUCCAGAUCGCAGUCUCUAAUCACCGAUUACUGUAGCUCUCUCUCUCUCUCUCUCUCUCUCUCUCUCUCUCUGUCAUCUGGUGGACAUUAAAAGACGUUUGCAUGCUGAAAUGACGACGUACUGUAUCUUCUCGUUCUGAACAUCUUUACACGUUUGCUGUUACCUUGAUGUGUUUGAUUCCUUUUAUACCUCUGCAAUUUGCCAACAAUUUUUUUUAAAUGUAUUUAAGAAAGAA